AAGACGCCUUGCGCCUGAAUCUGCUCGGCGUGGGUAACGGGCCGCUGGCGGCGGCGGCGGCGAGAUUUGCUGCCUCGUUGCUAUUUUCUUCAGAGAGUCGGGCAAGGCUGCGCCCGGUACAGCGGUUCUUGAGGCCGCUCCUCACCGUUAAGGAGCCAUUUGGGGCGGCGUGAAUGUCCUCUCUGCCUUUCCUUGUGGGCAAUACCUCCGCGGGUGGCUUGGCUGCUAUGGCAGUGAAACCUAAGAAAGGACUAAGAAGCUCCAUUGAUGAUGUCCUUGGUGAUCUUCUUGGAGAUGAUGAUGACAUCUCUCCUAAAGCUAGAAAACCUGCUUCAUUUGGCAACAUUGGAGAGAGAGCCAGAGGACUCACUACACAGACCAGCAAAAAGAACCUUUUGGAGGAUGACUUCUUCAGCAAAAUGCCUCUUGAGGAAGGCACAGAGGCACAGGAUUCUGAUAUCUCUGAUGUAGACCCACAAGCCCUUCUAAAGACUUUGAAGGAUAUGGAUGACAUGGAAGCUGAUCUUCUGGGCAUAAAGAAAUCAAGCUCUGGGCCUGUUCAGAAACCUGCAAAGAAUGUGACAAAAGCUGUGCUUUCAACUGAGUCAGGAAGACCUCUUCAGAAAACAAACAUAGCUGAGAAAGGGGACCUGGUCAGUGGACUUAAUAAGGAUUCCAGCUCUACUCCCACUACCUCCAGACAGCUGAAACAGAAGUCCUUUGAAGAUGUGGAUGAUCCUUUGGCUGGUCUUUUGUCUGAUGAGGAAGAAGGCACAGUGAAGAAAGCACAUUCCAGUGCCACCAGAAAUACCCCAGAAACAAAUGCUGGGAUCUUGAAAGAGAAAGGAACAUCUAUGCCUACAUCUGCAUCAGCUGUGGCCCCUGACCAGAAAAAGGAGCUAACAUUUGAGGAUGAUGGGGAUGAUCUCAUGGAUUGUCUGGGGUUUGGUGAAAACCCCAGAGCAGAACAGAAAUCUGGCAGAAAGUGUGAAGAUGGAGAACCUCGCCCUGCCCGGUCUAUGUUAGAUGAAUUGCUGGGACGAGGAACAGCAAAAAAACUUCUGGAGCGACCAAGCAUAGGAGAACACAAGGAAUUGAAACUGGAUAAGAAAAAUGAAAAGCAAGCAGAGAAGGAAGACAGUCUAGGGGAUGAGUUCACUUUUGGAGGCUACCAACCCACCGUGGCCUCAACUCCAGAAGGACGGCAGUCAAGACGACAAUCUGUCAGGUUUUCCUCAGAGAACCUCAGUGAGCUCAAAACAGACCAGAGAUCGAAGCCUUCCACUCCAGCUUCUUCCAGCCCAGUACGCAGCAAAGUUGGGGCUGAUUGGCUGGGACUGAAAGAUGAAGAUUUUGACUUGCGACCUUCAUCUCCGCCAAAGGACUCCAGGAAGAGCAGUACAAGAGGAGCCACAGUGGAAGUGCCACUUUUACCUUCAGAGAGCGAAUACCCUACUCUUACCAGCCAGUUCCCUUCCAGACCCAGGCCAGCUCCUGAAGCAGCAGCACAGAAGCCUGAACCCAAUGAUGAUGAUGGUGACAGCUGGCUCAGUAAUGUCUUAACGCAGAAGAAAUCACAAAUACAGGAGAAGGUGACGGAGAAGAGACCUGGGCCCUCAGAUGGAGUGGAGGCAGAUUCCAUUACUCUUACCUUUCAGCAUGCCACAUCUGCACAAAGACACAAGCAGUCACUUGUCCAAGUGGAUAAACCUGCCAUGUUAGAAGAACCUGAAUCUCCUGUGCCUGGGUUAAAAUCUCAGGAAAAGACUACGCCUGCUUUUCCAUCUGAUUCCAGGAAAGGGACUCCCUAUGGAGACACAACAGCAGCAGUUUUGCAAGGACAGCAAGACAUCCCAAGGAUUCCUAAACAUCUCCAGCUUCUACCUUCUGAACCCCAUCUGGUGAGUUCACCAAGUACUGCUGAAUAUGAAAAAAGACUGGCAGAAGUGCAAGUGCAGCUGCGAGAGAGCCUGGCUGGUUACCAGGCAGAACUGCUAAUUGCCCAGACCCAUAUCACUGCGCUGGAAGGCCAGGUGAGGCGGCUGGAGCUGGAGAAGAAUCAACAAAAAAUGUUGCUGGACAGUCUGCAGCAACGUCAUCAGGAGGAUCUGGAAAUCAUUGAGAACGCUCACAGGAACCGUGUGAAGGUGAUUGAGGAGUCAUACCGCCAGCGUGAGGAGCGUAUACAGCAAGAGAAUCGGGAGUUGACAGAGCAAUACCUGUCUCGCUGCCAGAAUGUGGAGCAGGCCAAAUCAGAGAUGCUGGCUCAACACCAGCGCCAACUCACAGAGCUGGAGCAGGAAAGGGUGAAGGAGAUCGAUCGGCUGCGGGAGCUUCAGCGGAUGUCCAUCCUAGAAAUGCGCAAAGACCAUGAGGAGCAGUUGCAACGGCUAAAACAGCUGAAGGCUCAGGAGAUUGAUGCUGUGACCAGUGCCACCUCUUACACCAGGUCUUUGAAUGGUAUCAUCAACCAGAUGGAGAAGUUCUCCAGCAGCCUGAAUGAUCUCGCCAAUAAAGUAGAGGCCACUCACCACACCACACAUCAAGGACUUGAGAUUGGGGCUCGACAGCGGAAUGAACAAUUACGGGUUCUGCAAGAACGUCUGGCCCAGCAGCAGAGAGACAUGGAGGAUGAACGAGCUCGGCUCCAAGAGGUCAUCUCUAAAAUGGAGGCCAGGCUAAAUGAACAGACUCGCCUUCUAGAGCAGGAACGCUGGAGGAUAACAACUGAGCAAUCCAAAGCUGAGUCUUUGCAACACUCUCUAGAAGAACAGAGAAGGGUCAUGACUCAGCAGCUGGCUAUGGAGAGGGCAGAAUUAGAGAGAGCAAAGAAUUCUUUGCUAGAGGAGCAGAAAUCGGUCAUGCAGAAAUGUGCUGCGGAGCGUCAUAAACUGGCUGCAGAGUGGUCAGAGCUUCGCACGCAGGAGAGGCUAAUGAAAGAGCGCACAGAGCGGGAGGUUGAUCGGGCCCUGCAGAUUGACUCUCAACGAGAAGGGGCCAUCAUGGGCCUCGCUAAGGAACAAGCAGAACUGAAAAUCAAAGCCAGUGAGUUAAGAUCCAAGGAGGAGCAAUUGGCUAGAGAUCGGGAAGUUCUGGAGCAGGAGAAGCAGGAGCUAAGACUGGAAAAGGAAAAAGUCUGCACAGCAGCUCUGCACAUCAGACAGAGAACAGCUGAAAUCAACAGCAUGAGCAAGCUGUCCUCCCAAAAGUAUGAGGAAGGGGAGAAGGCCCUCCUGGAGGCAAGAAGGGUAGAAUCCGAACAUCAGGCAAAACUGCAUCAUUUGCAGCAGCGGAUGGAACAGCUCAAGCAGCAAGAGGAACGUCUGCACCAGGAGCGACUGAGUUUGACUCAGCAGAGGAAGCAGCUUGAACAGCUGCGCAUGGGCCUCCCAAGCAAUCCGUUUGCAUUUCAGAGUGUUCCCCAGAUGACAUUGCCAAGAGCUGAAGCCAGCAUCAUUUCCAACAUGCAUUAUCUUCCUAAAAUCAAGCCUAACAACACAACAGCCUGUCAAGAUCUUCCAAGAUUAGGACCAGCAGACCUCUAUGCCAAACUUGUGCUACACAAGCUUACAGCUGAUCAGGAUCAUGACUUUUUGGAAGAAGAGCAGUUCUUCUUAGAAACUUUGAAGAAAGCUUCCUAUAACAACUCAUCCCAGUCAGUGUGAAAGCAGGUGUACUGGUCACAGCUGUGGCUGAAUUUGUGUUUUCUUGGCUAAAGAUGGACUCAAUUGAAACAAAACAAUAAUCUCAAGUGAAAGAGCAUUACAUGCAAGGGCAGAUUUAAAACCUCACUGCCACUAUGCAGUGCAACUAUACCAUGUUUCCAGUUCGAUUUAUAGAAUGUCUUGCCAGUUUAUGAUAGAUGUAUAGAACUGCACAGAAUUUUGCAACCUUGAAUACUUGAAAAAUCUGAAAGGAGGAGGUAAACAUAGUGCUUAUCAGAUCUGCCUGGGAAUUUUUUUAAAAUAGGAGAAAAAUAUGUAUUGUAUUUAUUUGUCUGUUUCAUUUCUAAGCUGCCCUUUUCCUAAUGAGGUACUCAGGAAAGGUCACAAUGAAAAAAACAAGCUAGACAAUAAAUGACAGAGUUAAAAAUGUAUUCCAAAUAUCUUUACAAAAUAACUAAUAUAAUGAAACAUUAUCAACAGUCUCAACCAUAUCGGAUUGGCAGGAGCAAAGAUGUUAUGAAUAAAGGAUACACAAGUAUUUUCCUUCCAGCAAUCUGUUGAGGAUUUGGCACAUAUUCACUGCCUCUUGAUCACAGUAGAGCAUGCAAAACUACUGAAAUCUAUUCUGGAACAAUUCUCUAGAAGAUCUGAUAAUGAUAAACUGAGAAUGUUACUUUCAGAUAUGGAAAAAUCUCUCACAUUUCAAAUGGCAUUGUUUCUUUCCAUACUCAAAAAGAAAGGCUGCAUGUUCUGCUUCUAACCACGCUGAAAGUAAGAUCAAUGGAUUUACUCAGGACUCUUCAUCACUGAUUUGCCAUUUAUGUUUAGUUCUAUUAAUUACUAUUAAUGUUCUGUGCUUAGAUACUGUAUAUCUAUAUAAUGUAUUUUAAACCUGAACAGAAAUCCAACAGGAUUACUAUUACAUUGUACUGUCCUGUGUUGUUUUUAAUUAUGUAAUUUGACAUGGCCUUUGUGCUGAAGCAAUAAAAUCAAGUUUAACUGAA